AUGCUGUCUUUCUUAUUGCAGGCAAAACGAGCAGUGCAGCGAGGAGCUACAGCGGUCAUCUUUGAUGUUUCUGAAAACCCAGAUGCCAUUGAUCAGCUGAACCAGGGCUCAGAAGACCCUCUGAAGAGACCAGUGGUGUAUGUGAAGGGUGCUGAUGCUGUCAAGCUAAUGAACAUAGUUAACAAGCAGAAAGUGGCACGAGCAAGGAUUCAGCAUCGUCCCCCACGGCAACCCACCGAGUACUUUGAUAUGGGAAUUUUCCUGGCCUUCUUUGUCGUUGUGUCACUUGUUUGCCUCAUUCUUCUUGUCAAGAUUAAGCUGAAACAGCGACGUAGUCAGAAUUCCAUGAACAGGCUUGCAGUGCAAGCGCUGGAAAAAAUGGAGACCAGGAAGUUUAAGUCCAAAAGUAAGGGACACCAAGAAGGUAGCUGUGGAGCACUGGACACACUCAGCAGCAGUUCCACCUCUGACUGUGCCAUCUGCUUGGAGAAGUACAUUGAUGGGGAGGAACUGCGUGUCAUUCCCUGCACUCACCGAUUCCACAAGAGGUGUGUGGACCCCUGGCUGCUGCAGCAUCACACCUGCCCUCACUGCCGCCACAACAUCAUCGAACAGAAGAAGGGAAAUGCAGGCCCGGUCUGCCUGGAGUCCAUCAACCCAGCACGCAGCCGCCAGCAGAGGGUAAUUCUGCCUGUCCAUUACCCAGGCCGAGUGCACAGAGCAAACCAGAUGACCGCGUAUCCCACUCGGACGAGCAUGGACCCUCACGGGAACCCCAUCACAGUACUGACCGUUGAGCGACACGGGGAGCAGAGCCUCUACCAGACCCCACCCCCAGCCUAUAUCCGAAGUUAUCAGCCUAUUCGUUUGGACCAUGCUUUAAACACACAUCACUGUAGCCUGGAACACAGGACUUACUCUCCAGGUCACAACUUCCGAAGACCCAAGUUCAGUGGACGCAACUUUUCCAAAGCAGCGUGUUUUUCCCAAUAUGAGACCAUGUAUCAGCACUACUAUUUCCAAGGCCUUAGUUACCCUGAGCAAGAUGGACAGCUUCCUGCUGGCAUUUCCUCAAAGGGUCCUUCUCGUGCCUUUCAGCCUGGUAGCAGCAUGCUUUUCCCUCCUGUGGUACAUGUCGUGCCCUCAUCCCACUUGGAGAGUGGCAGUACCUCCAGCUUUAGCUGCUACCAUGGCCAUCGUUCGGUGUGCAGUGGGUAUUUGGCUGACUGCCCUGGGAGCGACAGCAGCAGCAGCAGUUCUGGUCAGUGCCACUGCUCCUCCAGUGAUUCCAUGGUUGACUGCACUGAGGUCAGCAACCAGGGGGUGUACGGGAGCUGCUCCACCUUCCGCAGCUCUCUGAGCAGUGACUAUGACCCCUAUGUUUACCGCAGUAAGAGCCCCUGCCGAGCGGGCGAGGCCGGUGGUGCAAACAGGGGUGCAAUUGUUCUCUUGGAGGGCCCCCACCAGGAUGAGCUUCCAGCUCAUGGUCACAGUCUGGUGGGUGCUGACUGCCGGCCUGUGCCAGCUUCUUCCUCAGGGGACCAACUGUCUAAUUGCAGCAUGGAUAUGAACUAUAGCAGUAAUUCCUCACUAGAGCACAGGGAUCCAAAUGGCACUACCUCAGAGGGAGGACAUGAGGCCACUCCUGGUGCUGCCUUGGAUGUUAAAAGGAACUGGAAGAAUCCAGAGAUAGCAGGGCCACUUGUGGAGCAAGCAUGUGCGUGCUGCUUUGAACUGCAGCACUCUGCCCUGGAGCCUGGCCACGGGACAGCCGACUGUGGUGCACUCUUCCUGAGCUCCCCACUGUGGGGGACCUGUGGCCCAGGAGUAGAACCGCAGCCAGGGAACACCCCGGGCUUGUACAGUAUUAAUUCAGACCACUUGCAUAGGACAGAUGGAGUAAAUUACGAGGGUUUGCCCUGCUGCUUCUAUGAAGAGAAGCAGGUAGCUUGUGGUAGCAACAGUGGCAGUGGAGGUGGUGGGUGCUACACAGAAGACUAUGCAGUGAAUGUGCAGUACACGCUCCCCGAUGACACCUUGCCAAGCUGCUGUAAGGGGGUAUGUGAUCUGGGCCAACGCAUCCCCAUCAUUCCUGAAGACAGAGACUGUGAGUUGUUCGUACCUGCAGAGUGCCAAGGGACUCACGCAGGAGGCUGUAGCUCCUGGGAUGGAGCACCUGAGCUGGAUGCUUAUCUGCACUGCCAAGGUAUGAGAGAGGUGAAGGACGAGCGGGAGGUGUGCUAUGAGGCAACAUCGUUCCUGCGGCAGAGCUGCUCUCAGGAGGAGGAACCUGGGAUUCUCUUUCCCAGUCCUGCUCUGAAUUCCCGGAAGCUGAUGGCCACCACAAAGGCUGCAGGUGCUGGAUCUCAUCCCUUGGAGAGAAGUCAAGUUGGUGACUAG